AUGACCGCUGAAGUAUGCCCUGUGGUGGGCACAACAAACACUGUCCUGCCUCCUAAGCACCCCGACUUCGAUAGCAACCAGCCAGGCCUUGUCUGUCCUGUCACAAAGGCUACCACUGACCAUCACCACAACCUCCACAAGCACCCUGGCCUCUUCGACCCUUCCGCCGCAGCAGAGCAUCCCAAUGCCGAUUCAUGCCCUGCUUUGUCCAGGAUCGUAAGUCGCCCCGACCAGCAGGCCAUGGACGAGGCUAUCUGUCCAGUUGUUGGCGCCGUCUCGAGCGUACUCCCGCCUAACCACCCAUCUACCGCCACGGCCAACGAUGGCGAAGUCUGCCCUGUGACGAACGCCACUCUUGCCCAUCACAAGAACAAAGUGCAUCCACAUCCAAGCCUCGAGACAGCACCAAAAGGGGCAGUAUGUCCCGUUGUUGGUGCCUCAGCGCGAACAUGA